GUGUAGAGGUGGCUUUAAAGCUCGCACGAGCGCAAGAGGGAAAGCAAAGAGACUGCAAGGCUCACUUGGCUCACUGGCUUUAUAUAGGUGCGUGUUUCCUCCGCUUCGUACAAUAGUUCCAGCUUUUCAGCUACAAUAUUUAUAAGGUAUAUAGGAACUCCUACCAAUCAAACUUGCACAUGACACUGAAACACUAUUUCAAGUGAGGAGAUAUAGUGAUUUACUACAACAACUAGUUUCUCGUGUGGACUCUACAUCGCUUUUGCUGAUAUUCAUAGACAGAAAGAACGUUUUUUAUUCAAGAAAAAAACAAAUUUAUUUUGCCAUUACAACGUAUGGAAAUGGCCUUAACCGGGACCAUUUUACCAUCCAUCGCUACAUUUGCGAACCAAAAGGAAAAAUGCUGGGAAAAUGUAAGUAUAUUGGUUUAUGUAUUUAGAUAUGUUUUUUGGUUGUUUUACCUGUAGUUGGUAGAUUAAUGUAGUAUAGAUGUAGUAUAGUAAGAAUAAAGCAAUGGCAUUUCAGUCCAGAUGUAGAGUGAACCCAUAUUUUAAACAGUUAGGCUUCUAACUUGUUAUUUAAACAGUUACAUAUUGUUUUUACAGUUUAUUUUUUUAUGUAACAAAUAUUCAUGUUCCAUUUGAUUGUACAGAGCUUUGUUUUGUUUUUUUACAUGAUCUUUUCACUAAUGGCAUCUUGUACUAUUGCAGAGGUGGAAGGGCGAGAUGGACAGGUCUGUGCAUUCCAGCUGUGCGGUGGCUGAGGGCAUGGACAUCUGCAUGGGCAUAAAAGACGAAGAGGAUCUAGAUAAGUUCCUGGAUCUGGAGUUUAUUCUCUCUAACUCCACUGGCACAGACAGCAACACUCCAUCAUCCGGGACGGGGGGAGAGUACAGGCUAGCAGAGCAGAACAACAUGUAUCUCUCCGGGAUGCAGUCUACCUACACCGUGCCCGAGAUGAACAUUCCACCUCCGCCUUACAACAGCCUGAUGGCUGAGCUCCUGCGCAAUGAGCUUGACAGCAGCUUCUGCCACCAGCUCUCUGGCAACAGCAUCCAUGGGAGAUUUCUAGUCAGUUCCUCUGCUUUCCCAAAUCAGGACUUUCCAGACAACAUUAAGGUCGAGCAAUCCAUGGACAGUUACCGACCAGUUAUGGAAAUGGUCCCUCAGAGCUGCCCAAAAAUCAAGCAGGAGGGGAACGUUUCGUGCAUGAUGUCCUUCGAGCAGCCGAGACUAGCCAACUCUCCGCAGGCUGCGGGGAACAUGACACCGCCUCUCAGCCCAGACGACCUGAUGAGUUCCGAGUGUCAGACCCAGAUGUGCCACUCCAUGACUUUCCCCCAGAGCUACCGCUCCGCAGCGGGCUACCCUCACUCUCACCCGCCCCCACAGAUGCAGCUCCCGUACCAGAGCGCACACCAGUUCGGGAUGUACGAAGACGGAAUGGGUAUGCAGCCCACCAACCAGAGAGCGCUGCUCACUCCACCGUCCUCUCCGUUGGAGAUGAUGGACUCAAAGCCAAAGAGGGGUCGGCGCUCCUGGCCAAGGAAGCGCACAGCGAGUCACACUUGCACUUUCGCUGGAUGCGCGAAAACCUACACCAAAAGCUCGCAUUUGAAAGCGCACCACAGAACGCACACAGGUAAGGAACAUUCCUCAAUGUCUGUAUGCUUAUUGCAACCUAUAAAUAUUUGGCUAUAUGUUGCAAAUAACUGCAUUUUCUGUCAGUAUACACAUGGUAUUUUCCCCUUUGUUGUUCAACAGGAGAGAAACCAUACCAUUGCAGUUGGGAGGGUUGUGGCUGGAAGUUCGCCCGUUCCGACGAGUUGACGCGCCAUUUCCGUAAGCACACUGGCCACAGGCCAUUCCAGUGCCACCUGUGCGAGCGCGCCUUCUCCAGGUCCGACCACCUCGCGCUGCACAUGAAGCGACACAUGUGAGAAAUCACAUACGAUUGAGGACUUUGCCAAAGAUUUCUCCAAAAUAUGUAUUUUGUAUUUUUGUUUGUUUAUUUAACGUUUUUGGGGAAUAGGAAAACAGCAUAAGAAAAGAAAACAUGGUCAGACGAAUUCUAUAUACAAAUACUAUUUUAAAAAUAUGUAGCUGGUACUACUUUGUUAUUUUUUAUCGAAUAAUAUUUUGUAAAAGGCUUUAAAAGUGCAUUACACGGAGUUGGCAUUUGUAAAUUCAAGUCAACAUAUCAGGUUGGCUCUAAGUACACCUCUGACACAACUGGAAUCUAACAAUAACAUUGUUUAACAUGAUGUGUUUUGAUAUUCAAGAUAGUGCCUUCUAUUAUAUGCAUCCUACAAGUGCCAUAUUUUCUACUGGCAAAAACGCAAAGUUUAUGUAUGUGUUAUAACUGUAAACAGCACAUUAAAUAAGCUUUAAGACAAUGUUUUGAUCUAAAACUGCCUUUCAGUCUUCAAAGGCUUGAAUUGAAUGUUCUGUGUGUGCAUUUA